ACCCCCGGAGGAGGGCCGCGCCGGCCGGCCCAGACACUUAAAUGCAACCCCUGGGGCAUCGGCUUCUCGCUGAUGAGACCGCUGCAGGGCUGCCGGGGACGGGGCGUCGUCGUGGGUACCGUCACCCUCUGCCUGGCCGCCGGGUGGGCUCUGCAGACUCCCGAAGGAGUGUCGUUAGUUGUCCCACAACCCAACAUCAAUGCAACAGUGGCACAAAACAUCCUCCUCUCAGUUGAAUACUCUUGCAGAGGCGUCGCCACCAUUGAGUGGAAGCAUGUGUCAAGCUGGGGCACCACCAGCAUUGUUGAGUGGAAAAGUGGGAAUUUUGUCAACAUAUCCACAGUCUACAAGGACAGAGUGACUACUUUUGAAAAUGGCUCUAUACAGCUUCUCAACGUGGGCAUGCGAGAUGCCGGCUACUAUUUUGUCACUGUAACAGAGGAGUAUGGAACCAACGCCUACGGCACCAUCAUAGUCAAUGUUUACGAAAUUAUCUAUGAAGAUUUACAUUUUGUAGCAGUUCUCUUUGCCUUUCUUGCUGCAGUAUCGGCCAUUCUGAUCUGCUGCAUGUGGCUGUGUAAUAAAUCUCUGCAUCUGUUUCAGAAGAAGACACACAAACUCACAGCAAGUACAACGGAAGAGAUUGAAUUGGAAACCAUUGAGUGUUAGCCAAGGACUGUAUCAUAGCAAAAAUAACAAUUCUACCUCAGGAGAAAAUAUUGACCAAGAAAGCAGGAACAAACCUAGAAGGACAGACUGACAGAGCUUCCCCUCUGGUCAGGAACUAGGAUGACCAGGUGCAGAGGUUCCAUUUGGAAAAACUCUCAGAGAAUUUCCCACCAAGUGCA